AACGAGUGAAGCGUUAGCGCAGCGGCAUUAUUUAGGGAAAAGGUCGCAGCUGUCCCCGGGUUUUAUUCAUCUCGGACUUAUUCACAGGUGACACAACACAGAUACCAGCAGAAAAGUUUGAUCCGGACAGCGGUGGGUUAUCGAAUCAGCAUCAUGGCACUCCUCAGAGGUGUAUUUAUUGUAGCUGCCAAGCGCACUCCGUUUGGUACCUAUGGUGGCGUGCUGAAGGAUCACAGCGCAACAGACCUGGCUGAGCAUGCAGCCAAAGCUGCCCUCGCUGCAGGGGGCGUUGCACCAGAGCUCGUAAACAGUGUCAUCAUGGGCAACGUCAUGCAGAGCUCAGCCGAUGCACCCUACAUUGCUCGUCAUGUGGGUCUGAGGUGUGGCGUUCCUAUCCCAGUGCCUGCUCUCACUGUGAACAGACUGUGUGGAUCUGGGUUCCAGGCCAUCAUCAGUGGUGCUCAAGAGAUUUGCCUCAAGGAGUCAGAGGUGGUCCUGUGUGGAGGAUCAGAAAGUAUGAGCCAGGCCCCGUACGCUGUUCGCAACAUACGAUUUGGGACAAGGUUUGGAGUGGAUCUCAAGCUGGAGGACACUCUGUGGGCCGGUCUGACCGACCUGCAUGUCAAAAUCCCGAUGGGCAUCACAGCAGAAAACCUGGCAGAGAAAUACCAGAUCACACGAGAAGACUGUGACAACUAUGCAUACCAAACACAACAAAAGUGGAAGGCCGCUCAUGAGGCAGGUCACUACACAGCAGAAAUUGCUCCCAUUGAUGUGAAAGCUAAGAAAGGGAAGGUGCCCAUGACUCAGGACGAACACCCUCGACCACAGACCACACUAGAACAGAUGGCCAAACUGGCUCCUGUCUUCAAGAAGGGAGGAACUGUUACUGCUGCCAACGCUUCGGGCGUUUCUGAUGGUGCUGCUGCAGUGGUGGUUGCAAGUGAAGAAGCACUGAAGGAGCACAAGCUCACUCCACUGGCCAGAAUUGUGGCCUAUCAUGCAUCAGGCUGUGACCCAAGCAUUAUGGGAAUUGGCCCCGUUCCAGCAAUCACAGAAGCUCUCAAAAAAGCCGGACUGACGCUGAAUGACAUGGAUCUUGUGGAGGUGAAUGAGGCAUUUGCUCCUCAGUACCUGGCCGUUGCUAAGGCUCUUGGUCUGGAUCCAGAGAAGAGCAACGUCAACGGAGGCGCCAUCGCCAUAGGUCAUCCUCUCGGUGCCUCUGGAGCACGUAUCACUGCUCACCUGGUUCAUGAGCUCAGGCGGCGAGGAGGAAAGUACGCCGUUGGCUCUGCCUGCAUCGGUGGUGGUCAGGGCAUCGCCAUCAUUCUCGAAAAUUGCUGACUGAAGAACCUGCCAGUAUCAGAGGAACUCCUGUCGAAGAACGUCCCGCACACACACUCUCCUCUCACGUAAAAAACAUUCAAUUGACACAUGCUAAAAAUAGAUUUUUUUUCCACACACACACACAUAAAAUGGUUAAUGCUCUCUUGACAUGAGGUACCACUGCUCGGUUUUUCCCUGGCACACAAACAGAACUAUCUCUCAAGACUUUUUUGCUGCUUACUCUUGUUUCCUCUUAGAGUCUAUUUAUACAAAAAUGCAUAGUAAUGUUACAGUCCAGUGUUGCCUUGGAAGCCAUGUGAAGUUAAAAGAGCCAACUCAUGUUUCUGAUCAUUGUACCAGAGUGCUGCAAGAGUCUGUUUCUGUAUGAGCCUGAAAUACAGAAGCAGAGGUCCAUGGUCACAAUAAACCGUGUAGCAUAUUAUUAACUCAUGUCAAGUACAAUUUGUGUUGGGUUAGAGAAAGGUUUAAAGGAACUGGUAUUUGCCUUAAAAUGCUCUCCAUUAUGCCUUUAUCAAUGAUUAGUAUUGCAAGAAAAUAUAUCUGACCUGUGAUGACUCCAGCAAAAACUGAUUUUGUAAUUCUUUGUCAAAGAAUCUCAAUAAAUUGAAUUAAAAAAAAAAAAA